ACGGAAACAAGGCCAAAUACGCAGCAUUACCGAAAGCGAUUACGAGCACAUCAAGCAGGUUCGCUCUCGACACUGUUGAUUCCCCCUACAACUUGCGCCUGGCGCACUCGGACAAAUUAAGCAGACCCUUUGUUCGCCUUGAACGUUUAGCGAAAUCCGAGGUGACGAUGCAGCGCAACGGCCACGGCGGCCAUGUCGAUGCUGUUGCGCAGGACACGCCUCUAUUACCUGGUACUGUUCCAUUGCCACAGGCAUCGACCUCGUUGUCUGUUAUUGAAUGGGAUUGGGAUGUUGAACACCACGACCGACGGCUCGAGGCUAAAGCAGAUGCAGCACUACAUGGCGCACAACCCUUUCAAGUCGAUCGAAGAGUUCUUAAAGACGUCGUACGAGAGAUGACAGGCUGUGAAGUCGGGAGAAUACAUUUCUUGAGUUCUGGUACGCGAGCAUAUCUUGUUACUCUUGUUGACACGCGCGAGCUGGUUGCUCGCGUUGCUCGUCGGUUCAUGCCUCGCCUCAAAACCGAGUCUGAGGUGGCUACUAUGCACUACCUUCGCGAACAGACAUCCAUUCCUGUUCCAGAUGUCUAUUACUAUGAUGCAAAUCCCUACAAUCGCCUAGGGGGCGAGUAUAUCCUCAUGUCGAAGGCAAAAGGAGUUCCCCUGUCACGCGUAUACCACUCGCUCUCUAAUGAAGAACUGAAAUCUCUGUUUGCAAAUGUUGCGGCUAUCAUAGUGCCCCUGUUCGCACAGCGUUUCUCACACAUCGGAUCACUAUACCUAGAGGGCGCAGGCACGGGCGCACCAACACCUCUCUCGGUCGGGUCAUCAAAUUCUCCGACACCAACCGCGACGCGUCCUACAAUUAACGGUUUUAAAUUCAUGCCAUUGUUGUCCAUGAGCUCCUUUUCCAAUGCCACAGGACCCAUGGUCAGAACAUUCUUACGUCCAACUUUGGCUAGAGACUCUCAUAUUGGUCCUAUCGUAUCAUGGCCCUUCUUCGGAUCAAAUCGCGGGGACCUCUCCCAUCCAGAUGAGAUUGACCGUGGUCCGUGGUCUAGUACUCAUUCAUAUCUUGCUUCGUGCGUUGAUCGGGAGGUCCGGGGCGUAGUUCUUGAGAAUGAGGGCAAGUCGGCACCGCACCGGCUACAUCUUGACCCGGAUGAAAUUCAAUCUUCCCGGCAUCACCACUUGAACGCAGUACCCGGCGAUCAGAGUGACGACAGUGAUGAGUGGGACGCACAGGAGAGUGAGGAGGAAUGGGAUGGACCUGGUGAUGGCAUGUACAGGGAUUACAGGCGCAUGCAGAGAAGCACGUUCCUAAUUGCCCACAUCAUGCGACGGGAAGAAUCUGUGCGAAAGGAGAUGGGUCGCUGGAUGCGCAUGAUGGAACGACUCGGGGCAUGCGCGGAUCAUUCUGGGGAGACAGAAGAGUUUGGCCUGGAUUGCCACGACAUAAGCCUGGAGAACGUGUUUGUCAACGAAAACAACCCCACGGAAAUAUGUGUUAUUGACUGGGAAUCCACAACUACCCGACCACUCUGGGCAUGUGCGCAUCUUCCAACCUUCCUGCAAUCCAGUCCGUUCACGACUCGUAUGUUCCGAGAAGCGGUCGAGGAUUUGGCUCGUGACCAAGCCCCUCGGCCAACACACCCAGGAAAGAACAAUGGUAAACCCGUGAAUGUUGUUGCGGUCGCAAAAGAGUGGCUGCAUUACGAAGCCAUCGGUGCACGGCUGCGCAUGGCUCACAGAUGUGCCGAAUGGGACGGAUGGGAGGAAGGCCUCGUCGAUAGUAUACUUGGGCCUGAGGACACUGAGGAUGAAUGGUUCAAAGAUGCCGAGUGCACUGCAGAUGCGCUGUCUACCUCAAGCGUGCCUGUGUAUGCAGAGAGCCAAGCGAGCAGCUGCGGGGCUGAUUCCGGUGCUCUGCAUGCUGCAUCAUUCAAGCGGCGAAAGAAGGCUGGGCACAUACCCCUGAAGAAGGAACGGGAGAAGGAGCAGAUGCUGAAUACCACUGGUGAUAUUUGUGGUGGGCGGGGCGGAGAGCUGGGGCGUAGACUUGAGGCCUGGCUUAGCGUCAACGGGGACGGGACGAGGAAGAAUUGGGACGAGGAGUAUGAUGCGGAGGCAGAGUGAAUUGGUCGUGUUUUGGACUGUUUCUUCGGUAUGUAGAUUGGAUCUCGGUGGGUGAAUUAUGCUAUGCUACGCCUGGACUUAAUACUGUACGAUACACACCCUUACACACUGUCGCACAUACUUGCAUUUGUCACACAUUCUUUUACCUUUACCCUUUGCCAAGGCUUCGUCUGCUCGUUGUCAAUUGAUAAUUGUAUACAACUCGACACAUGGGCGUUGACUGCUUGAUAGCUCGUUCAC